UAUGUCUUGAAUCAAACAGAAAAGGGAGAUUCAUUCGUAUUGCUGAGGACCGAAAGGAAGGUUUUUCAUUUCUUUUGGUGCCAUUUGGGGAUAAAGGUGAUGGGUUUAAGCUGUUUAUAAGGCCCUGAACUCUUUCCUUGAAAAGAUUAAAGGGAUGACCAUUCAUUGUGAAGAGAUCCCACAAUCCACUUCCAUCCAGAAUGCCUCUUCUUCCCCAAAGACCACAACCAUUGUCUCUCCUGAUAUGGAAGUCUUGAAUUUAAAGGUGGAUGAGGUGAUAUAUGCCUCAACAUCUGAACUUGGUUCAUCACCUCAACAAUCACAACUCCACUUGAGCACAGAGGUUAAGUCUAGAGGCAAAGGAGGAUCAGAUGACUUCUCUUCAGAUUCCUUGAUAGAAACCACACCAGCAGACAGACACAUGACUAUCUAUGAGGGAGGAGAACAACCAAAAGUCUUCAUUUCAAACACAUACACUGAAUUAUUUCCACCACUGCCAAGAAGAAAGUUAUCACCAUUAGCCCCUGCAUUUGUACCGCUUUCAAACAACUCAUUUGCUGCUCUACUCAACCCGGAUCAUGAAGACAUUGAGGAAGAGGAAACUUUUUCUAAUAUUAAUGAACGGAGCCUGGUUCUAUACUCUAAUGCAGUGGAAGACCAUGAAAAGGAGAGAGAUGGGCCCAUUCUUUACACCCAUUCUGAGGGGGAGGAUUAUGUUUUCAUUGAUUCUAAGUUUAAACCACUACAAAUAGACCUUUCAAGAUGCCCCAAGCACCCCUUCCAUCUGCGCAAGGCAGUAAAGGGCAGAAGGACAUACUCUCCAUCUCAAAUGGUUACUAGAAGUAAGGCUAAAUUACUGGAAGAAGGGAGAAGAAACACCCCAAUUGGCUGGGAAGAGGAAGAUGAUUUGCAUGAUCCACAAGAAUCCCAUGAAGACGAGGUCAUCAAAUUCUUCAAGCUAUGUUGUCCUAACAAAAUUGAUGAACCUAAACCCCCCAAUAAGCCAUUGAGCAAAAGCCGGUUUCCGGGCAUCAAAGCCAUAGAGGGGUUGAUCUCCUCAUGGCAUUUAGAGUGCAAGAUUUAUCCUCAUGAAAAAGGCUGGGUGAUCUUCCAGUUUUUGAGUGAUGAAGACCGUAGAAAAGUUCUCCAUAAUGGGCCAUACGUCCUCUAUGGUAAGACACUUUUACUGCGCAUUCUUCCGGAAGGGUUUCACUUUGAUUUUGAUGCAUUUAUGACGGUCAAUGUGUGGGUUAAAUAUGUUGAUGUUCCUUUGAAAUUGUGGAAUGCUGUUGCCUUCGAGUGCUUGGGGUCUAGAGUGGGAACCCCCAUACGCACCGACGGAGGAACGAAAAAUAAGGGAAGGUUGAGCUAUUGUAGAAUGUUGAUUCAGGUUGACAUGUCUAAGGAGCUCCCUACAUCCUUUGUGGUUUCUCUCUCAGAUGGAGAAGAAUUUACUCAAAAGGUUGUGUACGAAGGCCUUCCAAACUAUUGCUUUCAUUGUAAAAAGUUUGGUCACAACCAAUUGAGUUGUAGGGUUCUCCGAGCCCUAAACCACAGAAAAUCCGAGAAUUAUUUUGACAAGCGUGAUGGAAACAACUUGGGGAAGGAUGACUCGGUAAGGAAAGGGGUUGUUACUCCUGGAGUUCCUGCCAUUGCCAAGCCGAGAAGAAGAAGGAGAAGAUCCAAGCGAAAGGCGGGAAGCGGACUUAAGGCCUUGGGCAGUCAUGCCACGUCCACUCCUACUACGCUCCCUUCCUCAAAUGACGAGAAGAUGACGGCCAGGACUGUGGGAAAUGGUGCUGAACCAACUGCCCAACCCGUGACCCAUGAAGGGGAUGGUGAGGCUUGCCCUUCCACUACCAUUCCGAAGGACUCACCUGACCCUAGUGUGCCCGGCACUGUGGGUGAUGAUGACCAGCUCGUUGGCACCUCCUCCACCCCUACACAUGUUGAGCAAGCUGUCCAAGAAAACUCCAAGGUAGGGGCGUCCAACACAGAGAAGGGAAACAUGCCAACUGGAGCGGCCAAGAAGGCAGACGAGACCACCAUAGAGAACCCACCAAAAAAAGCACCGUGGCGAAUCAAGAUGGACAAGCAAAGGGAAGACUGGCUCGAUCGGCUACUCAGCCAAACUAUGGAUAGAGUGGACAGAUCAGACCUUGGACUACCUAAGCUUGCGCCGGCCGAACUUCGAGAGCUCAUUGCAAAAAACACUCCUUGUUUGAGGGAUGCCUAUGGAGCUCCGGUGGAUGGGAUUGAGGGUAUGCCCCGCUGCAUUGUUUGUAUGUCUUGGAUUUCGAAGGUCUUGACAGAGAAAGAAGAAGUCACCACUUUAGUUCUAAACUCAGAUGAACAAAUAAUUAUUGACGGUCUUUUAAGGAGAGCUCCAGAUGUGCAAGAUCCAAAAAUGGAUGGACCUAUUCAUACGGAACUAGAGCUAAAGUGGAUGGAUGAAAAAGAGGAUGAUGCGGCCAGAGGAGAUUACCAUAAGGAAUUUGAGGUUCUCUUACCUUUGUUUGAGAAACACAUCAGCGACGAUUUUGAGCAAUCAAUUUGGGUCAUUAAGGAUGCGCUAAGAUCCCCAUUCAUUAAGGAGAAGAUUCAGAAGGGUUUAGUUAAAACUCUAGAGGGUAAGGCACUAAAAGCGACCAGAGAUGCAAUGAAGAGGACUCAGUGCAUCAGGGCUAUCAAACUGAAAGUCUCUACAAAUUUAUCGGCUCAUCGACUUAUGGGUUCUGUUGACGGCAGUAUCGUUCCUCCUCCUCCAACUGUUCGCACGGCUGAUAAAGAUGGGAAUGUAAGCAGCGUUCCAAACCCAGAAUACGAGAAGUGGUCCGUCAUCGAUGCCCAGUUAUGUGCCUGUUUACUUGCCAUCAUCACGCCUUCUGUGCAAACUACUCUUCUUGGACAUACUACUGCUCAGGCUAUUUGGAAUCAACUGCAACUACGAUAUAACUCUCUCUCUCUUACUCAUAUCUUUCAGCUUAAGGAACAAUUGCAUAAUAUUCAUAAAGGCACGGAUUCGAUGCAAAAAUACCUUGAUGAAAUUGCUAAAAUUGUAGCCUCACUACACCGUGCUAAGUCAGAGAUUUCUGAUCAAGAUGUCAUCUUGUGCAUCCUUCGUGGAUUACCGCCAGACUAUGGUUUUAUUAAGCAAAACAUUUGCACAAACAUUGGCACAGUUACUCUUGCUCAGGGUCUCGAGCUUGAUUGUCAUCGGGUUGUGUUUGAUGAUAUUCAGUCCCUCACUCAAGUUUCAACAAGGAAUUCAAAUAUCUUACUUCUUUCAAUGUACAUACCAACACCUAAUCUUGAACUCAAUUCUUUGGAGGACUUCCACUUGGAGCAGUAGAAGCCAUGAUAGGUAAGAUUGCACCUUGAUCCAGUAAAAUGAAAAGAGCAAAGUAGAAAAGUAGUCCAGACUCUAGAGAGUUCUCGAGAACUUCAAGAGUAAAUCUCAAAUGCUUUCUAUUUACAUACUGAUCAAUAUUCUAAUGAAAUUAUAUCCCACUUCCAUGCACUUACAUAAGAGCAAUGGCGAUAUUUAUCUGUUUUUAUCUAUUUAAAUAUGCUCAAGAAUGUUUAUGGUAUUGCUGGAACUUAAAAAAUAGUAGGAUUCUGCCUCAAAUUGCCUAAAAAAGAAGAGGAAACCCAAUCAAGACCUACAGUUCAU